UCCUCUUCCUUCCCGUUGGUGGUUGUAUGUCGGCUGUAGAAUAACACAACUUAACCGCCGCAUCUUUGCACUCUGAUAACGCAGGCCGAAAAGCCGCGCGCUAAUUAGCGUCAGCUGGGUGGAAAAAAGCGCGCUUUUGAGGGAUUUAUUUUAUUUAUCCAUUGAUUUAUUUCAACGUUUGCGCUAAUUAUGAGACGUCCGCCCGCACUUUUACCAAGGAACUAAACUCCACACUUUGGGGACUUUUGGAGGAUUUAUGAACGACAUUCAUCCUGCUAUGUAAGCUUGUGCGCACACAGAGCAGGUGUCCCUGAAGGCACCAUGGACUGGAGGACCCAAAACCCACAGAACUGGAAGCGCUUUCUGUGGUGAGUGAGGACCAGCCCAUCUACGAGACGUCCUACACGGCGGCCAUGCACAUCAAGGCGGAGAUGACGUCGCCGGGUGGCUACAGCCACGCGUCCGCCAAGCAGAGCCCGGAGCCGGCCGAGCCCGACUGGGUGUCCGCGCAAAACCCUGGCAAGAGAGGCGAGCACGUCAACGGAACCAACCACGAGUCCCCGGUCGACUGCAGCGUCACUAAACGCUCCAGACACAUGAGCAAUGACGGCGUCCCAAUGGCGUACCAGCCCUCGUACACGGAGCCCCGUGUCAGUCCUCAGAAUGUGACCUCACCCAGCAGUACCACCGAGGAGAAGCGGGUCAUCGUUCCGGCAGAUCCCGAGGUUUGGACCCAAGACCACGUGCGUCAGUGGCUAGACUGGGCCAUCAAGGAGUACGUCCUGGAGGAAGUGGACGUCAUGCUCUUCCAAGCACUGGACGGCAAGGCCCUGUGCAAGAUGACCAAAGAGGACAUGAUGCACCUCACGUCCGCCUACAACGCAGACAUCCUGCUCUCGCACCUCAAUUACCUCCGGCAGAGUAGCCCUACGUUCUCGUACACCACCACUCCAUCCAACAACACGCCACCGCCAGCCCCGCCCCCACAGCCUCGACUACAGGUGAAAGCAGAGAGCACUUUUGAGGACAUCGGACGCAGGAGCAGCUGGCCCGCCAACAGCAUGACGGUCGUACCCAAAGGUUCCUCCAUGGAGCACCAACACAGCAGAGUGACAGAACCUGCUUCAAGAAUUGUCCAAGACCCCUAUCAGACAUUAGGGCCCAUAAGCAGCCGCCUAGCAAACCCAGGUUCAGGCCAGAUCCAGCUGUGGCAGUUCCUGCUGGAGCUGCUGUCUGACAGCAACAACGCCGGCAUCAUCACCUGGGAGGGCACCAACGGCGAAUUCAAGAUGACCGACCCGGACGAGGUGGCCAAGCGCUGGGGCGAGCGGAAGAGCAAACCCAACAUGAACUACGACAAGCUGAGCCGCGCGCUGCGUUACUACUACGACAAGAACAUCAUGACCAAGGUGCACGGCAAGCGCUACGCCUACAAGUUCGACUUCCAGGGCAUCUCACAGACGCACCAGAAUCACGCGUCCGAGGGCGGCAUCGUCAAGUACCAGACUGAGAUGUCCUACAUGCAGCCCUACCACAGCCACCAGCCCAAAAUGAACUUCAUGGGGGGCCACCCUGCGCCCAUGCCCGUCUCCCCCGGCAACUUUUUCGGCCCUCCGUCCACAUACUGGAACUCACCCAGCAGCCCCAUCUACCCUGGGGCGGCCAUGACCAGACAUCCCGCCACCCACUCCCACCUGAGCUCGUACUACUGAGCACACACACGGCAGCAGAAGGGGCGGGGCCAAGGCAUGCCCAUUUAGAGCUCAUCAGGGGCGCGCCCGAGAUGAGUACCUGAAAUUAGGGUGAUGAUGCUGUGGUGUGGUCUGAUUAUACAGGGCAUUACGAUGCAGUGACGGACACGGAGGACCGUGUGACGUGACGACGCACGGGAACGCUUUGGCACAGUGUACUCUUCCUGGAAUAUUAGGAAUAUUAGGAAUAUAGUGAUGACACAUUGUAUUUACUGUAUCCAUUUCUUACGGAAACCACCUUUCCAUUGUUUUUUAAGUACCUCGUUUGAUGUAAAAACAAGUACGGUUUUCAGGAGAAGAAACUUAUGAACGACUCACAUCUGUAAAACAAAUUGUACAGAAUCUCCGUCAUGUAGCAACAUUUAUUCACAAUGUAAAGUUAAUAAAUGUUUCUUGU